CCCGGGCGGCGGCGGUGGAGGCGGCAGCCGGGCGUGAGGGGAGCGGUGUCCCCGCCGCCCCCUCACAGGUUCCCGCCCUUCCCGUGACAGCCCUGUGACACCCGCUUUGAUCCAUCCGCUCCCCAUUGGGAAACACAAGCCCAGCAGGUUGGAGGAACAGUCUGCAGGCUCCUCUUUGUGGGCACCGGGAACGACUCCACUCUUGGACACGAGGCUAAAGAACUUGACCAUGCCUCGUAGCCCAACAUCGAGUGAAGAUGAAAUGGCACAAAGCUUUUCCGACUAUUCUGUUGAAUCUGAAUCUGACAGCUCCAAAGAAGAAACCAUUUAUGACACAAUUAGAGCAACUGCAGAGAAGCCAAGCAGCAGAAUGGAAGACAGUCAGAGCAACACGUUAGUGAUUCGAAUUAUAAUACCUGAUCUGCAGCAAACGAAAUGCAUUAGAUUUAACCCAGAAGCUUCAGUGUGGGUCGCAAAGCAACGAAUUCUGUGCACAUUGAAUCAGAGUUUGAAAGAUGUCUUGAAUUAUGGACUGUUCCAGCCUGCGAGCAAUGGUAGAGAUGGGAAGUUUUUGGAUGAGGAACGACUUCUUAGGGAAUACCCACAGCCAGUGAAUAAAGGAGUUCCUUCGCUUGAGUUUCGAUACAAGAAAAGAGUGUACAAACAGUUCAACCUUGAUGAAAAGCAGCUGGCCAAGCUUCACACCAAGGCUAAUUUGAGAAAGUUUAUGGAUCAUGUCCACCAUCUCUCAGUGGAAAAAAUCACCAAGAUGUUGGACCGAGGACUGGACCCAAACUAUCAUGACCUAGAAAGUGGAGAAACACCCCUAACUUUGGCAGUUCAGCUUGACAAUACCGUAGAAGUGAUAAAAGCUCUGAAAAAUGGAGGAGCACAUUUAGACUUCAGAGCCAGAGAUGGAAUGACAGCUCUGCACAAAGCAGCCAGAGCCAAGAACCAAGUAGCCCUCAAGACCCUUUUAGAGCUUGGAGCAUCUCCUAACUACAAGGACAGCUGUGGCCUAACACCUCUGUACCACACUGCUAUUGUGGGAGGGGAUCCUUACUGCUGUGAGCUAUUACUUCAUGAACAUGCUACCGUCAGUUGCAAAGAUGAAAAUGGAUGGCAAGAAAUUCAUCAGGCUUGCCGAUAUGGACACGUCCAGCAUCUGGAGCACCUCCUCUUCUACGGCGCCGAUAUGUGUGCUCAGAAUGCCUCAGGAAACACGGCGCUGCAUAUCUGUGCCCUGUACAACCAGGAGAGCUGUGCAAGAGUGCUGCUGUUCCGAGGAGCUGACAAGGAGAUAAAGAAUUACAACAGCCAGUCUCCAUUUCAGGUGGCUAUAAUAGCGGGAAACUUUGAGCUUGCUGAAUAUAUCAAGAAUCACAGGGAAGCUGAUAUCGUGCCCUUUAGAGAGGCUCCCACCUACUCAAACAGAAGGCGGAGACCUCCGAGCACGUUAGCAGCACCUCGGAUCUUGCUUCGUUCCAACAGUGACAACAAUCUGAACAUCAACAACCUCCCUGAGUGGUCAGCCUCCUCCUCCGCUUCUUCACACCGCAGCCUUUCACCUCAUCUACUUCAACAGAUGCAGAAUAAUCCUAAUGGAACUGUAAAAACUGUGGGGAGUUACACUCCGUCCUCCCGGAGCCGGUCGCCGUCCCUGAACAGGCUGGGAGAGGAUGCCAAACGGCAGCAGCACAGGCACAUCAGUGCCGUUUACAGUCCUAGUGCCAACAAGGAUACUCUGUCUGCCUUGGAUUAUCAGGGUCCAAAACGCAAGCUUUACAGUGCUGUACCUGGAAGACUUUUUAUUGUUGUUAAGCCAUAUCAACCUCAAGGGGAAGGGGAAAUUCAUCUGCACAAAGGAGACAGAGUCAAAGUUUUAAGCAUUGGAGAAGGUGGAUUCUGGGAAGGCAGCACCCGGGGACAUAUUGGAUGGUUUCCUGCAGAAUGCGUUGAAGAAGUUCAGUGUAAACCAAAUGAAAGCAAACCAGAAACACGAUCAGAUAGAACAAAGAAGCUGUUUAGACACUACACAGUUGGAUCCUAUGACAGCUUUGAUGCUUCAAGUGACUGCAUAAUAGAAGAAAAGGCAGUGGUCCUGCAGAAAAAAGACAAUGAAGGAUUUGGAUUUGUGCUCAGAGGGGCAAAAGCUGACACACCAAUUGAAGAAUUCACCCCAACUCCAGCCUUUCCUGCUUUGCAGUACUUGGAAUCAGUGGAUGAAGGGGGAGUAGCAUGGCAAGCUGGCCUGAGAACUGGAGACUUUUUGAUCGAGGUUAACAAUGAGAAUGUGGUGAAAGUUGGCCACAGGCAGGUGGUGAACAUGAUUCGACAAGGGGGCAAUCACCUAGUUCUUAAGGUUGUCACAGUAACCAGGAAUCUUGAUCCAGAUGACACAGCUAGAAAGAAAGCCCCACCACCUCCUAAGCGAGCUCCAACCACUGCACUGACCUUGCGGUCUAAGUCAAUGACCUCAGAGCUUGAAGAGCUUGUGGAUAAAGCUUCAGUACGGAAGAAGAAGGAUAAGGUGGAUGAAAUAGUACCAGUUUCCAAGCCAUCAAGAAUUGCAGACAAUGCAACUGUGGACUCAAGAGUGGCAACUAUUAAACAGCGGCCUUCUAGUAGAUGUUUUCCCUCAGCUACAGAUAUGAAUUCCAUGUAUGAGAGACAGGGUAUUGCUGUGAUGACGCCCACUGUACCAGGGAGUCCUCAAGGUCCUUUUCUGGGUAUACCUCGGGGUACAAUGAGAAGACAAAAAUCUAUAGGAAUAACAGAGGAAGAACGGCAGUUUUUGGCUCCUCCUAUGCUGAAGUUUACCAGAAGUCUUUCAAUGCCUGACACCUCUGAAGAUAUCCCACCACCACCACAGUCCUUACCUCCUUCACCACCACCACCUUCUCCCUCUCUGUACAAUUCUCCCAAAUCCCUGACAUCAAGGAGCUAUGGAACUAUUAAACCUCCAUUUAAUCAGAAUUCAGGUGCAAAAAUUACUUUGGUUAGGCCUGAGAGUGUGGGAACGAUGAUAAGGGACAAGGGGAUCUAUUUCAGACGAGAACUGGAUCGAUACUCUUUGGACUCUGAAGACCUGUACAAUCGGAGUGCUGCAUCUCAGGCGAAUUUCAGGAACAAGAGGGGUCAGAUGCCAGAGAACCCCUAUUCUGAGGUUGGGAAGAUUGCAAGCAAAGCAGUUUACGUACCGGCCAAACCAGCGAGGCGGAAGGGGAUGCUGGUGAAACAAUCCAAUGUUGAAGACAGUCCAGAAAAGACCUGCUCCAUUCCAAUCCCAACAAUUAUUGUGAAAGAGCCAUCCACCAGCAGCAGUGGGAAAAGCAGCCAAGGGAGCAGCAUGGAAAUCGAUCCUCAGUCUUCAGAGCAACCUGGGCAACUCCGACCCGACGAUAGCUUAGGUGUCAGCAGUCCGUUUGCAGCAGCCAUCGCUGGAGCAGUGAGGGACAGGGAGAAGAGGCUGGAAGCAAGGCGUAAUUCUCCAGCCUUCCUCUCCACAGACCUGGGAGAUGAGGAUGUUGGACUAACACCACCAACACCACGUAUGAGGCAAUCUAAAUUUACCGACGAAGCAAUGUUUAGUAGUGAGGAUGGUUUUAGACAGCUUAUGUCACCAUCUCCGAUUCCCGCACCUAGAGAGCCUGAAAAUCUUUUUAAUAGCAGUGAACCCGGCAAUCAGAGUGAUUCAAGGACAUUAAAUGCGCAGUCCAAAACGAAAGGUACUGAAAACAGUACAGUGGCAGCUAAGCCCACGAAUGCAUCCAGCUCAGAUAAUUAUGUUCACCCAGUCACAGGAAAGCUAUUAGAUCCAAACUCACCACUAGCCCUCGCGCUCUCUGCCAGGGACAGAGCCAUGAAAGAACAAACCCAGCAGAUUCCAGGCAAAGGAGACACUGUUAAAGCUGACCUUAAUAAACCACUUUACAUCGAUACAAAGCUGAGACCCAAUAUGGAAACGACUUUUCCCGUUACUGCUCCUGUCACUAGGCAAAACACUCGUGGCCCAUUGAGACGGCAGGAGACCGAGAACAAGUAUGAAACAGAUGCAGGGAAAGAAAAGAAAGCCGAGGAGAAGAAGAACAUGUUGAUAAACAUUGUGGAUACUUCACAGCAGAAGUCAGCUGGCUUGUUAAUGGUUCAUACCGUGGACACAGUGAAGUCAGAAGACGCGCCCGAAGAUGAAGAGGAAAAGAGCGCUGAAGUGGAAUCCAACCCUGAAAACUCCCCACCAGAGAGGCCAGAGGGGAGCGAGGAAGCAGAAAGCGAGCUGACUGUGCCUGCCGAGCCUGAGCCACCGGCCUCUCCCUGCAAAACCAUCGUAGCAGCAAGCUCUGUGGACGACCCCGUCAUCCUGCCGUUCCGCAUCCCUCCGCCACCCUUAGCUUCCAUUGAUAUCGAUGAAGAGUUUAUGUUCACUGAGCCACUACCACCCCCCUUAGAGUUUGCCAACAGCUUUGAUAUCCCCGACGACCGCGCGGCUCCCGGUUCGGCUCUAACAGAGUUGGUUACGCAAAGAAAGAAUGGCACACCUUCACCUGCGCCAUUUGCCCCCAGCCAGGCAACAAAUUCCAUAGACAAUAAAAAGCAAGUGGCUCUUUCAAACUGUUUGCCUGCCUCCUUUCUGCCACCCCCUGACAGCUUUGAUAACGUCACUGACUCUGGGAUUGAGGAGGUAGACAGUCGGAGUAGUAGUGACCAUCACUUAGAGACAACCAGCACUAUCUCAACGGUGUCCAGCAUCUCUACCUUAUCCUCGGAAGGUGGGGAGAAUGUGGAUACUUGUACAGUCUAUGCAGAUGGGCAAACAUUUCUGGUGGACAAACCCCCAGUACCUCCUAAGCCAAAAAUGAAGCCCAUAAUCAACAAAAGCAAUGCACUUUACAAGGAUACGCUAAUUGAAGAAACUGUAGACAGCUUUGUUAUCCCUCCUCCCGCUCCGCCCCCCCCUCCGAUCAGUGCACAGCCCAAUAUGGCUAAAGUUGUUCCCCAAAGGACAUCUAAGCUAUGGGGUGACAUGACGGAGGUGAAAAGCCCAAUUCUCUCAGGCCCAAAGGCUAAUGUUAUUAGUGAAUUGAACUCAAUACUGCAGCAAAUGAACAGAGAGAAAUCCUCAAAGCCAGGGGAAGGAUUGGAGUCACCUACUGGAACAAAAACUGCAAGUCUCAGUACAAGGAGCACGGAAGUCAUGAGUACUGUCUCAGGUACACGAAGUACAACAAUCACUUUUACUGUCCGACCCGGAACCAGCCAGCCGAUCACACUGCAGAGCAGGUCCCCAGACUAUGACAGUAGGACCUCAGGAGCAAGGCAUGCUCCAAGCCCUGUGGUUUCACCAACAGAGAUCAAUAAAGACAUCAUGCCUGCUCCUCUGAGUGCUUCUGCUUCAGCUUCAUCUCCUUCUCCAACUCUGUCCGAUGUAUUUAGCCUACCCAGCCAGCCCCCUUCAGGGGACUUAUUUGGCUUGACCACAGGGCGCAGCAGGUCUCCUUCUCCCUCAAUAUUACAACAGCCAAUCUCAAAUAAGCCUUUUACAACUAAGCCUGUCCACCUGUGGACUAAACCAGAUGUGGCAGAUUGGUUGGAAAGUCUAAACUUAGGUGAACAUAAAGAAACAUUUAUGGACAAUGAAAUAGAUGGCACUCAUUUACCAAAUCUACAAAAGGAAGAUCUGAUAGACCUUGGAGUGACUAGAGUUGGGCACAGAAUGAACAUAGAAAGAGCUUUGAAACAGCUGCUGGACAGAUAAGAAUAGCUAUUUUGCCUCACAAACUUCUGUUGAUAACUAGAGAUGGGCUGGUACUGAAAUACCCCAAAUGCCUUGUCUGUCUGCGAGUGCCAGCAAAAUUGGGGGGGAGGGGGAAAAAGUUCAAUUCCUGGUACUCAGGUAAUGCAGACUGUGUGCUACAUGCCCAAGCAGAAAUUCAAUGUUUUACACGAGUGGGGCCAUUUUAUUUCAAAGUUGUGGGGAGAUACGAGAGAGAGAGAGAAAAUUGUUAACUUCAAAAAUCCUAUCUCUUGAUACUGCCCUUCUGCUGGAACCGUUACAUGCCGCUUUUCUUUCAAUUUAGAAUUGCAAGCAGUUCAUUUUUGUAUUGAAAAGCACUAUAUUCUCUUCUUGACGUUCAGUCUCCGAGCAGGCUUCCUUCCCCAGCCCUUAGUUCAUUUUAAGAGGACAGAUUGCUUCGUUGCCAUUCAAACCCAUUUUUAUCGGUAGCAGAGUCACAAUAUUAAGACAGGUGCAGGAGUUCAUAUUACUGUUUUUUACUAGUUAAGCUCUCUGACUUGUUGGCAGUGAAGCUGGUUGUUCUGCUGGAAUUAGUUCAAAGGUAACCUUGCUCUGUUUUACUUGGUAUUUCUUUAUUUCUGCAGUUACACAUAGCACUCUUCCAAGGUGGCAGAACAAGUUCAAUACACGCUCCAUUGACUUGACCUAUAAGACGAUGCAGACGUUGCGUAAAAAACCGAGGAGGAAUGCACACUUAGAGGUACAACAAAAUGAAGCUAGUUUGAACCUGAGACCCCCAGUUUUCAACCAGCUAAACUACUGCUAAGUUGCAAUAUGAACUCUGCAAGCCAGUAAAAAUUUAGGGUUUGGUACAGACGCGUCUUUUGGACCUCACAGUCAGAUACUCAAAUAUGCCAAACCCUGAGAGAUGCUGGUUAAUUCAGUGAGUGGAAAGUGCUUAGUUAGUUUGAACAUCAGGCCAAGAAAGAAGAAAAAGAUAGAUAGAUGAAUGUUCCCAUUGAAGAAAGUGGGAAGGUUGCCAGUGUUUUAAGUGAAGAGAGGGAUUUCAGCCUGUUAGCAGAAAUGGGAACGUUUCAACUCAUUAGGAAAAAAAAAGGUAAGAAGGUGACGCCAGGAUGGAGAGCAGUAGCGAGUAUCUCGGCAUCUGUGUGUUCCAAGGGCCAGGAGAAUUGGGUAGGCAUCCAGCUUCUCAUUUUUAUCACUGUUAACACGUAUUGGCUUCUUGGCAAGGCGAGCAGGCUGAGCACCUCGGGGGCUCCAGCCACUUCUUGGCACGGCUGUUGGUGCAGCUGCAGGAUGGAUGCGCACACCCUGUGGCCCAGCGUGGACUGGGGUGGUGGGGAAACGGAGCUCGAGGGCUUUCCAGGAGACUUCAGUCAGCAGGGGAGAAACACACAGAUUUGGUUAAAAGUCUGACUUUUUAUUUCCUUUUUUGUUUUUUUUUUUAAAGUUAACAAAUCUCUCUCUGCAUGUUUGAACUCCCCUUGUAAUUUACACCUCUUCAUAGCUGUGAGUUUUGUAGGUCUUUAUAAACGUAAUACUCAAGACAUUCAAGGUGGGUAAAUUGUGUGUGGACAGCUAGACUGCCUACCUACCAUCCUUCCAGGUUCUCUUACACUUUGGAAGGUACCUGAACUUUCUUUCCUUGCUAUGGUCCUUGAUAUGGUCCAGCCUAUCUCUAAUUUUUUUAUUGUGAUUAUUUUUGCUCACAAACAAGUGUCUAAUUAGGUCUGCAACAGCCCUAGUAUGAGUACAUAAAGUUUAGCAUUUUAAAUAUCUUUCUUUACUGCAAGUUUAAAUAGUUGUACAGAUAGUUUAUAAGCACAAUAUUUUAAGAAAAUAAGUGGCUGGUCUACUGGCAGCCUUUGUGCCACUUCAGUGCUAGGAAGUUAAAAACAAAAAAAACAUAAAAAGAAAAAAAAAAAAAACCUAAAAAAAAAAAAAUAAAACUUUUGUGGUUUACUACUAUUUCUGUGGAAUAAUGAUAAAAGUCUUGACCUUUUUAAAAAUCAACCUCAUUUGGAUGCAUCUGAACCAGCAGAGCUAUGUUAUAUUUUCUAUCUUUGCUAGAACUUCUACAAAGGAGGAUGAAUCUUUCUUCAAAAGUGGUUAUAGUUACCAACUCAUUGGAUACUCAUAAAAUACAACUUACGUAGCCUCCUGCCCCCUUUACGGAACAACAAAGAUCUUUUGACUUAAGACCUGUUACUAUAUUUGUAUUUGAAAGUUCCAAGUAACCUUGUAAUAAAAACCAAGUGCUGAGGCAUUUUCCUUUGAGGAGUACUGAGUUUUUCCGUAGGCGGUGUAGAAAUCGGCAGUGUCAUCCAGAUAGGCGAUGCAGGCAACUCGAGGCCAUCAGAUCCUUUCUAAGAGGUGUAAAAAUGGUGAUUUAGCCAUCAUUGUCUUCCAUUUGGUGAUACGACAGAAUUCAGUAAAUAAACCACUAAUGCCAUGCUCUCUUCUUUUCUUGUUUCUUUGGGUACAGUUGAUCUUACCUCUGUAACAUGUGCCAGAAAAUGCAUUAGGAAAUACGGUAGUAAAAGCAAAUGUAGAAGUUGACUUUUAAGCUGCUUUUUAAUCACAACCUUCUUGUUGAAUUUACGUUGAACACGUGCUGACAUACACGGUAAAUUACAGGUGACAGUAAUCCCUUUCUUACACAGGUGUGUUUCUUGCUCGUGGAUCUUUUCAGGUACUGAAAGACUAGGAACAAUAUACCAUUAGUAGAAAAGAGGUUUAAAGAGCUAAUGAAAUAGUUUAUUUUUUACCUUGUGUCUUACAAAGUAAAGGUGAGGAGACCUGGGCGGACCUACUUUCCCCACUAAAAUACCCCUCUGCCAAGAGGAAUCGGUCUCUAGCUCUGUGCGAGGAUCUUGCUACAGAAAGCAAUAGUAACAGAUACAACGUUGCCUCCGAGUAUUUUCACCAGUCUGGAAAUGUUGGGGGGGAGGAGAGAAGACCCAUUUCUUUCAUGCUACUACGAUAGUGAAAAUCAAGUUGUUAGAGAUCUCUGAAAUACGUUCUGAUAUUCUGGGUUUUAGGAUCAAAUUUUGUUUAUAUACUGUAAUUUAAAUAAAUUGCAUUUACAUGCCUAGUUUCUGUAAUAUUUGUGUAUACAAUACCAAAACCUUACAAGAUGUAAAUUGUGUAUAACUGCACAGACUCCUUGCCCUAGGUGUCUGAGAACAUUUUAAGUUGAAUUCAUAUAUUAUAAAAUGACUAGAUGUGACUGUUGAUUUACAGAAUUUACAUAUCACAAAAGUUACUUAUUUGUGGGACUUAAGUUAAUAAAAAUAGUGCUUUUUUUCCUCCGUUCUUAACGAGCAUUACCCAGUUGAUCUGGCGAUGAUUAUGUGUAUGAGCCACAAGUAUUGAUGAUUUUUUUCCAUUACAUUUUUUCUUUUCUUUUCUAGAUAUUACUCUGUUUCUCGCUAUAGUUUGUGUAACAACUUGUGUUCACGUUCUCUAUGUUGCUGUAAUUUUUGUGCUUUAAUUCCUCUGAUUUCGACUGAUUAAACAAAUCGAGCUCCUGUAACUUGCACUUUUCCCCAAUCCUUAAUACUCUUGUAUGGCAACCAAAAUUACUGUAAGAAAUAAAUAUAAUAUUGCACUAAGGUUGUGGUUCUGAUUGCAAACAGAGAACACUGUCUGGAUUUUCAUUAAAAAAAGAAAAAGAAGUUGCCAAACCCCUUGCAAUCUGUUAUUGAAAGCGCAUAAAAUGCUUUAACAAAAUGUAGAUAAAGGUGAAAUAAUUGAUCUAUUUCCUUUUUAUUUCUUCUUUUUUUUUUUUUUUUUGGUUAAAGCAUUCCUUAUGCCAAACACUAAUUCAUUUCCUGAAUGUCUGAUUCAUGUUUUGAUAUUGGAAAAGUAAAACUUUUCAGCAAGAGGGAGAAAACUCCGUAUCUAUUUGCCUUAAGGUGGAUUUCAAGUGCUGGAUGAGUAUUCUCUUCCCUGAGCACGUGUGGGAAGGCGCGCUCUGCCCCGCGUGCUGCUGGCGGUCUCAGGAUGCUGGGGCUGGCUCUGCUCUGCAAUUCCAUGUGGCACUGAAAGGUUUGGGAGGGAGUACUGGGGAGGUUUUGUAGGGCAGAGCAGCUCCAUGGAGAAAAGGAUCCGGUCAGUGCUCCUUGUGUGUCUUGUGACUGGAAAAAUGUACCGGCGGGGUUUGUUUGUACUGUGAAUAAACAAGGCUCAAAACGGGAAAACCAAGGGAACCAUUCACAUCUUUUGGCUUAAUCUAAACAUUUGUUUUUCUAUUUUCAAAUGGUGAUGCAAUGAAGAAUAUUUUUUAUUUUCAUUUUCUAAGAUAUUGGAAUAAAUGCCUAGAACUGUU